AUGUCGUCCCUUGCGCCUCUCAUGGGGCGAUUGUCUCAGGUCUUCAGCCCGAGACUUUGCAUGUUCAUCUCAACCGUGAUCAUCACUGCAGGGACGCUCGUCGUCGCCACAUCGAAAACAUUUGAGAUGUUUAUUGUCGGUCGUGUUAUCUCAGGCGCAGGUGCCAGUGGCAUCUUCAUCGUUGCUAGCAUCAUCACCAUCCAGAUGACCAGCCCAGAACGCCGUGGGUUAUUCAUUGGACUUAUCAACACCGGUAUGACUGCCGGUGUAUCACUUGGCGCUGUCAUCGCUGGUGCACUUGAGCCAACGAUUGGAUGGAAACCACUGUUUGGUAUCCAGUCCCCAAUAUGUCUCGUUACGGGACUCGGACUCCUUUUGUCAAUUCCGGCCAACUACACUUCGAACGGCAAUGCUUACGUUCAAUACUCCCUUAGGCAGAAACUUGUGCGGAUCGACUACUCCGGGGCUCUACUUCUGAUCGCUACUAUCAUCCUGUUCCUUCUUGGUCUGUCAGGUCCAAAGAUCCUUCCUGAACCACUCAUCCUGUCUGCGUUCGCACUACCAUUGUUCGUACUCAACGAGGUAUAUAUCGCAAAGGAUCCUGUCAUUCCUGUCACAGUCAUGAAGUCGCGUGGCACACUGCUCACCUGCUUGGCCGCCGUGGGCUUCAUGAUGGCAAGAUGGGGAGUCCUCUUCUACACGCCAGUUUAUGCUCUUGCCGUCCGCAGUUGGGCUCCCGCAGCUGCCGGAUCUAUCCUCAUCCCUACUAACGCCGGCUUUGCGGCUGGCGGUAUCCUUGCGGGAGUUUUCCAUAUCAAACGCGAAGGAAGCUUCUACGCGCACAGCGUUAUCGGUAUGGCCCUGUGGCCCGUCACCAUGGUUGCGAUUGCUCUCGUCUCCACACCGACAAGCUCUUGGGCAUUGUAUAUGCUUCUAGUGUUCCUCAACGGUCUCAUCACGGGCGCUGCGCUCAACUACACCCUGGUCCAUCUCUUGCACUUGACGUUACCCGAGGUUCACCCUGUUAUCAUCUCGUUGCUCACAACGUUCCGUGGCUUUGCCGGUAGCUUUGGGUCGGCGAUCGGAGGCGGCCUCUUUGGACGUGUUCUGUAUCGUUCGCUCGUGGAUGGAUUCGCGGAUGCAGGCCUGUCUGACCGUGGUAACCUGGUGAGGAAGUUAUUGGGCAGUCCUGCUCUUGUGGGUAAGCUCGAAGGCACCGAGAAGACAGUUGCUGUCGGCGCAUACCAGGACGCCAUCAAGGCUCUGUUCUACGCGGCCACGGGGCUGGCCAUCGUCGUUACGCUGGUCCAAGCUUGUACGGGCUGGACGUCACCCGUGCCAAAGAUUGAGCCGGAACCUGAAGAGACCAUUGCUGGCGAGGAAGGAAUCUACGGAGGAACGUGA